ACCUCAUAUCUCCAUCGGAAACUUGGAAGUAACUAUGCUGUACUUUUUGAGCUUCAUUCUGCUUCUAGACAGUGUAGAAAAUGCAGGCGUCAGUAAAACCACUGAGAUCGGUGACGUUUUGGUGAGGUUGGUGGACGGUACUCAUGCUUGUUCUGGAAGGGUCGAAAUUUACAAGGACAGCGAAUGGGGCACCAUUUGUGAUGAAGGGCUGGACGAUGUCGAAGGCAACUUGGUCUGCUAUGAGGCAGGCUGCGGUCCUCUCAUAUCCAUACAGCCUAGUGCUUUCUUUGGGGAGGGUUCGGGAUUGUUACUGACGGAUGACCUAAACUGUUCUGGGAACGAGAGCUCGGUGCUCAACUGCAAUUGGGGGAACCAGACCGACGUGUGUGACCACACGAAAGAUGCUGGAGUCAUCUGUGACUUCACCCUUAGGUUACAAGGCGGCAGCGGCAUGUGUUCAGGGAGAGUGGAGAUUUUCCAUAACAGACAGUGGGGAACGGUCUGCGACACCACCUGGGAUAUUUUGGACUCAGUGGUGGUGUGUAAAGAACGUGGCUGUGGAAGCCCAGUAGCUUCAUACUACAAUGCUUAUUUCGGGAAGGGAGCAGGUCCAGUAUGGAUGGAUGGCGUCAGUUGCACUGGUCGUGAGAGGUUGCUGAAAGAUUGUGUGUUUAGCGGUUGGGGAGUGACCACUUGCACACAUGCGGAUGAUGCUGGAGUCACUUGCUCAGAGUUUAUGCUUGUAGAUGGACCAAACACUUGCUCUGGGAGGGUGGAGGUCCUCUAUGAAGGUUUUGGGUGGGGAACCGUUUCAGACAUCGGUUGGAAUUUGUUGGGUGGAGAUGUGAUCUGCAAACAGAUGGAUUGUGGAAGUGCACUGAGUGUCAAUGGUGAAUCUGCUUUUGGGAAGGGUUCAGGUACGGCAUGGAUGUAUGAUACAGCAUGCACAGGAACUGAAAUCUCCCUGAAAAGAUGUCUUUCAGGCUAUGAGAAAAAGAGUUCGCACAACAAUGAUGCAGGAGUGGUCUGCAGAGGCAAGUGUGAGCGACAAACAGUGAACUAUGAUGGUUAUGUCAAAUGCAAUGUGAAUUCAUCUGAAAUUCUUCUCCUUUCAGAGGUGAAACUGGUAAACACCCAAACCAUAUGUAGUGGCACAGUGCAGGUUCAUUAUACUGGAGAAUGGGGCACAAUAUGUCACAACAAUUGGGAUCAACUGAACGGUAUUGUGUUGUGCCGAGAACUCGGCUGUGGUCCUCUCAGUAGGACAUACAACUCAGCUGCUUUUGGAACGGUACAGGAAAUGUACUGAUGGAUAAUGUUAUGUGUACUGGGAGUGAGUCCUCACUGAAGGAGUGCAGUCUCUCUACGUCUGUAAACAGCCUCUGUACACAUUCGCAGGAUGCAGAAGUCUCCUGUGGAGAAGUGAAAUUGGUAGAUGGAGACAGCAUUUGUUCUGGAAGGGUGGAGGUCCUUAGACACAGCCAGUGGGGAACUGUUUGUGGAGACGGCUGGGAUAUGACUGACGCUGUAGUUGUCUGUAGAGAGCUGGG